AUGAGCGCGCAAGACUGUGCUUCCACACCUGGAGAUACAUUCCUCGUCGACCUUGAAGUCCUGGUCGCUGCUACUUGCAUAUGUGGAGCAGGGUAUGCUGCUGCAAAAGCCAACCUACUAAGCGCCGAACUCGAACAACUACUUGUCUACCUCAAUCGGCGAGUAUUCACUCCUUGCCUAGUCUUCGUCAAACUAGGACCUGAGGUGCAUUGGCAUCUUCUCCCCGAGGUCGCUGUCAUUCCAGCCUUCUAUGCGCUUCAGACCCUUGCCUCUUGGGUGUCUUGCCUGUUUCUCAGCUCGAUAGCCGGCCUACGCGGAGGACUUCAAAAUGUGGCGGUUGCCAAUUCUGUUUGCGGCAGCACCGAUGCGAUCAUCCUUCCGCUGAUCCUGUUACUUGUUGAGGCUUCGAAUCCUUCGGUUCAGUGUCUGAAAUCCAACAAUGUCCCUCGGUACAGCACUACACGAGGAUUGACAUAUAUGGUUCUGUUUCAACAGCUAUGCCACCUUAACUUAUGGAUCAUCAUCAAGGCAGUUCUUCCCAGAGUCGCGCCUCAUGCCCUCGAAGACGCCCCGAUCGUUGCUGCUCGAGAUAUCGAAGCACCUCCCGCCGAAGAAGGGAUUGGCUACCCCAGAAACACUGAUCAACCGUGUGAAGAGACACGGGGCGCUUAUCAAGCAAACCAACUCUUCAUCAAGCGAAGGAUCGUCUCCAAGCCCAUCCUCGAAAACGUCUUCUUCUUCGUCCUGUCGAAAUUAUGGGUCGUGCACCCCACCACCACGCCAUCGAGCUCGAGCCUCUACAACGGCAGUACCAGACACCCUCAGAGCAGUCGGAGCAAUUCCAGCCCGAGUAUAUCUACCUCGACCUCGCCGGACAGGCGGCGAGACGCUGCUUCCGGCAAAUCUGGCUCACAACGGCUACACGCGAAAUCCAAUGAAGGUGGAAGUGUAGUGUUGCCAAUAUCCGAACAAGGCAUCACGAUGAAUUAUCGAGCCACGUGCGAGCCAUUGAUAACCCCAGGUCUGGCCAGAGAAGGCGACCUGCGAAUAUUCCCUCAACUCGGGCCUACUCCAUGUCUUCCGCGCUAUGGAAGCCGUGUGAAGAACUGGGCAGAAGAAAGCUACCGCAAAGUCCAACAGGCGUCUCGAAAGCCGGCCGACCAUCUACCACACUCUAUCUGGGCCGUCUCGGCAGCCGCAUCUUCCAUCAUGGUAGCACCGGGUCGGUUUAUGCGCACAUUCGUGGCGCCCUCAUUUGCAGCCCUCGUUGCCGCCGUAGUGGUCGGAUCCAACCCUGCCUUGAAGCAUUCCUUCUUCACCAAGGAGGCGUUCAUCAAUAGCUCCUUCGUCAGCGCGGCGUCUCAGCUCGCAGAUGUCGCUGUCCCGGCUUGGUUGUUCGUGACGGGCGGCCGAGCUGCACGAAGCACCAUGGCACCUACUACUAGUAGUACUUCUCACCCUUCCACGCAGGCCGGGUCGAGUGAAGACGUGGACGCGUCAACGCUGAUCAUCGUCUCGCUGCUCUCGAGAAUGUUGCUGCCCGUCAUCUUUGUGAGCGCGUUGUUUGCUCUCCUGACCAAGAACGAACGGGCUCUUGUAUUCAACGACCCUUCGUUUCUGCUCGUCGGCGUCUUGGUGGCCGGGUCUCCGGCGGCGUAUGAGUUGGUGGACCUGGCGCGUCAGAAGAAAAUUUGCCCGAACUUGAUGCCGCGAAUUGUGCAGCAGAUGUGGAGUGUUUGGACCUUUUUCUACGUGUUUGUUCUUCUUGGGUUCGCCACAGCAAUUGUCCAGGUGGCCCAAGGCCAACGACCAGGAUUUUAA